GGUCACUCCUCCGUUGAAGAACUCUGUCAAAAUCUAAAAGGAAAGGACAGCGUACUGUGCCACUUUGAGUUGGUGUUUUUCUUUUUCUGUGGAUUUCUGCACUGAUUUGCGUUUUUUUCCUGCAGUUUUCUGACGGAAAAGAAAUGGCGCUGAAUAAUAGCAUGGAUGAAUUUGAUUACGACUACGAAGAUCCCCGCGAAUCUGUGAAUAUAGAUGAGGAGAAAGCUGCGAGAACAGCACUUAUGAAAUACAUGUACGUGAUCGUGUACUCCCUGGUCAUAUUGCUGGGGCUUCCUCUCCACACGUUCGUGAUCUACAGGAUCGGCAAGAUGCCGAAGACCGCCGUGUCCAUCUUGUUCCUCGGGCUGUCCGUCACGGACCUGGUGGUCAUCCUUUCCCUGCCUCUUCACAUCAUCUCCGCCUGGGAGGGCUUCACCUGGCAGCUCCCGGGGGCCCUGUGCACCGCCUGCUCGUACGUGAUGUUCCUGAACAUGCACGCCACCGCUCUGCUGUUGGCGUCCCUGAGCGUGGUGCGGUCCUGCCGGGCGUUCCACCGCUGCUGGACGCCCAUGGUGUCCCAAAUCGUGGUGGCGGUGGCCGCGAUCGCCGCCGCCUUCUUGAGCUUCUCCACGCUCCUGUACAGACGUGCCAAGUCCACGCCCCGAGGGACGGUUUGCAGUGACGCCUACCCGGACCGGGCCCGCGAAGUGGCGGUAGCGGUCUUCCGUUUCCUGGCCGCGUGGCUGUGUCCCUGUUGUGUGGCGUUCGUCAGCUCUUGCCUUGUGUCCCUGACCAAAAAUGUCAACCGGAUCAAGGGCACCAAAGGCUAUGCUAUCACCAGAAUCAUGAUGGUAGCAUAUUUUCUGUGCUGGCUGCCCUAUCACCUCUUUAUGUUAAUCCGCCUUCAUCCUACAGACGACCUCCCCGAGAAUAUUCUCCCAGUUGCGCUACCCGUCAGCACUGCACUGUCAUUCUUAAACAGCUGCAUGAAUCCCAUAAUAUACAUGUUCAAAGGCGGCAUUAAAAUGUCCUGGCUGCAGAAUGCCUUUCAAAACGAAGAGGCGGACCGAGAAGCAACUUCAGAACAGAAAGAAAAGCUAACACUUCAUGACACAAGCAGAUAGAGGCAGGCAGUAGUCCAAAUGCAGCAAACAGUAAAACAGGGAACAGCAAGUGUGUAAUCCAACAAUCAGUUGGAAGUCUAAAACCAGGUAGUAUGUCGUAAAACAGGGCAGAGGAACAGAAUCCACAAUCCAACAAACAGAAUCCAAAUAGUCAGGCAGAGGUUGAAUAACAGCUGAUCCAGAAACAAACAGAGUAGAAUACAGACAGGUAAACGGACGGGAAACGGAUGCAACAAACAGGUGCGAACGCAAGGGAACAGAUAACGAGACACAGGUGAAAAGAACAAAUUAAUGAAUAAAUGAACUGGGACAUAAGGCAGGACAACAAAGCAGAACACAGAAAAUGCUAAGACUGGGGAGCGCAGAGUAAAAACAAAGAGGACAUGCAGAACAAGGAAAAACAAUGGAAAACGGACACGGACGUGACAGACCAGUAUAGAGGAGGCUCACUCAUUACAAAAUACAAAAAGGAGAGACUCUGAGGAAGAUGAUUCAUGAACAAUCAAUCUGUUAUGUAUUUACCCCCCCCCCUCAAUGUUUCAUAUUCUGUAUCAUGUCACAGUAAAAAAAAAAAUGUACAGUGCAUUCAUUCAACUAUGGUUGAAAGUUGUUGAAAAAGGAAAGGAAAAAGGAUUUUUUAUUUUCAACAAAAACUCUCUGAUUACUCAUUCAUUCAUAAAAUAGCAAACACAAGAUGAUCCUAGUUAAAUACAAAAAGAAAGUGUUUCUAUAAUAUCAUAUUUAACUGUGAAAUUGACAACCAGGACUGUUAACAAAGGGAAGGGUCUGGGAUUGUGAACUUACUGACAUUUUCACUGACAAGUCAUAUAAAACAAUACAAUACAAUACAAUAAAUGUCAUAUACUGUACAUAGUAGAUAAGGAUAUAUUCCUCUGCUUUUGCAUGUUAAAUCGCUUGAGUGGUCUAAUCUGGAUGUCCUGCAUGCAAUAGGCCAUAGAGUAACUGAACCAUGGCUUGCAAAAUGCCAGGCUAAUGGCCCUUCAUUUUACAGUGAUAAUGCAAAUAUUGCAUGUUUUAAUCACAACAUCCACCAACUGUAAGUCAGUUUUAACUGUGCAUACAUUACAUGACAUUACAUUAUUGCCAUUUGGCAGACGCUCUUAUCCAGAGCGACGUACAGUUGAUUAGACUAAGCAGGAGACAAUCCUCCCCUGGAGCAAUGCAGGGUUAAGGGCCUUGCUCAAGGGCCCAACGGCUGUGCGGAUCUUAUAGUGGCUACGCCGGGAUUAGAACCACCGACCUUGUGUGUCCCAAUCAUUUACCUUAACCACUACGCUACAGGCCGCCCCGGUAGAAUAAUAUGGGGGAAAAGCACUCUUGAUACUUUUAAAUGUGCUCAGCAGCCAUAACACUUAUAAGACACAGGGGGGAGUACAGCCACCAUGACAAAUAAUACACUAGUCACGGUGUUUAAGAUGGAUUUAGGGAAGGGACACUUGUUUCAAUGAAACCAUCCAAUAACAUCUGCCGGCUCAUACAAAAAAAACAGAAGUGAGCACUGGGUGGUAUAUAAAUAAUGCAGGUUUUGUACAGCAUGUCAACAUGUUUUCCCAGACUCACAUCUGCAUUCAAUCAUAAAGGUAAGAUUUAAAGUGUUGCUGGUUUUUUAUUUUGGGAAGUUUCACAGUGUGUCGCUUUUAUUGUUAUUUUGUAAUGCCUAUAUAAACAGCCAUUAAUAUUGAUUACAGCUGAAUGAGGUGAAAAUAAAUGAAUCAUUUAUGGGUA